AUGAGUAAACGUCCAUUCACUAUACUUGCAGUCAAAAUCAGAAGGCUUGGGUACCGGGUAACAAAGCAGUUUGAUCUAGAGACGAAGCAGAGGUCUCUUCUUUUCCAGAUUGAAUAUCCUGAUAUUGAAGACCUUGCAAAACCAAGACACAGGUUUAUGUCUUCUUAUGAGCAGAGGGUCCAACCCUUCAAUAAAAGAUACCAGUAUCUUCUUUUUGCAGCUGAUCCAUAUGAGAUCAUUGCUUUCAAGGUUCCUAGCACAGAGAUUGACAAAACCCCUCCUAAGUUCUUCACACAUUGGAAUCCAGCCUCUAAAAUGUUUACGUUGCAAUUAUAUUUUAAAAUCAAGCCACCAGAGGCAAACAAACCUCAACCUGCCCCUGCAGCCAACGGCACAGCGGCCCUUGGUGUCCCACCAAGGCCUUUGCCACCACCACCCCAAGGUCCAUCCCCACCACUUUCUCCAACACAAGGAGGGCCACUUGGUGCACCUCUUGGAAAUCCUCCUAGAGCCCCUCCUCCAAUGCAUGCUUCAUUCCCACCACCACCUCCUAUAGCAAAUGGCCCUAGGCCCAUGCCUCCUGGUGGGACUCCACCUGUCCCUCCCCCACCUCCUCUUGGUAGCGGCACGAUGGCGAAUUUCACUCCUGGUACUAGGCCUCCAAUGCCUCCCUCACAUAGUUUUCAAGCCCAACAGAUGCAAGGCCAGGGUGUUCGUCCAUCGCCACCACCUCCUAGCAUGGGGCAACAUGUCCUCAGGCCACCCGCAUCUCAGUAA